CACACCACCCAGCUCCCCAGGAAUGCUGGGAAUGUUGAGUCAGGGGCUAGCCUGGCACGGCCAAGGAGCUAGCGGCCGCGGGCGGAGGGAGCAGCACGGGAAGGACCGACGGGCUGCAGAGGCGGCAGCGAGCAACCAAGGCUCCCUUGCGCUCGCGCCCGCGCCAGUGCCCUGCCUUGCCCCGCCCCGCCGCCGCGCCCCGCCCCGUGGCUCCCCUGCCCGCCCGCCCACCCACCCGUGGCUCUGCAGCCGCCGCACGGCACGGGUGCUGCUGCUUGCCGCGCUCCGGCCGCCCGGUGCUCCCCUGCCCUACCCUGCACUCCCCCGGGCUGCCCUCGCCCUCCGCCCCUUCCUCCUUGUGCCUGGACAGCGCCUGGGCACCGCGAUUCCCGCAGGACCCGCGCGUCCGGGACGCCCGACGCCGGCGGUGAUGGGGCAGCUCUCUGAUGGAAGGCAUUUCUUGGUGCAGCUGAUGAAAAUAUUGCAGUGAAAAUCUUGGCCAUUUGUGGAAAUAGUGGCCAAUUCCAAACCCAAGUAUAGCAUUUCUUCUAUUCCAUCGUACCUCAUCCUAGAAGAACCAUGUACGGGAGCGCGAGAACAAUCAGUAACUUGGAAGGCAGCCCUUCCCGGUCACCUCGCUUGCCGAGGUCUCCUCGUUUGGGUCACCGGAGAACCAGUAGUGGAGGUGGGGGAGGAACAGGUAAGACAUUGUCCAUGGAAAACAUCCAGUCCCUUAAUGCAGCCUAUGCAACAUCUGGACCAAUGUACUUGAGUGACCACGAGGGGGUUGCAUCUACAACUUUCCCCAAGGGCACAAUGACUCUUGGCAGGGCUACGAACCGAGCUGUGUAUGGGGGCCGAGUCACAGCCAUGGGGAGCAGCCCCAAUAUUGCAUCUGCUGGUCUCUCUCACACUGAUGUCCUUUCCUACACGGACCAGCAUGGGGGUCUAACCACUUCGGCUCAUCAUCACCACCACCAAGUUCCUUCCAUGUUGAGACAGGUGAGGGACAGCACCAUGCUGGAUUUGCAGUCUCAGCUCAAGGAACUGCAGCGGGAGAAUGACCUCCUUCGCAAAGAGCUAGACAUCAAGGACAGCAAACUGGGGUCCUCCAUGAAUAGCAUCAAGACAUUUUGGAGCCCUGAACUCAAGAAAGAAAGAGUCCUGCGCAAAGAAGAGGCAGCCCGCAUGUCUGUUCUCAAGGAGCAGAUGAGAGUCUCACAUGAAGAAAAUCAGUUUUUGGAUGCCAGGAGAACCAAGCACUUGCAGUUGACAAUCCAGGCUCUUCAAGAUGAGCUCCGAACCCAGCGAGACCUCAAUCAUCUCCUCCAGCAGGAGAGCGGCAACCGCGGGGCCGAGCACUUCACCAUCGAGCUGACCGAGGAGAAUUUCCGCAGGCUCCAAGCCGAGCACGAUCGUCAGGCCAAAGAGCUCUUCCUCCUGAGGAAGACCUUAGAAGAGAUGGAGCUGAGGAUCGAAACCCAGAAACAGACCCUCAACGCCCGGGACGAGUCCAUCAAGAAGCUCCUAGAGAUGUUACAAAGCAAAGGUUUGCCUUCGAAAGGCAUGGAAGACGACAACGAGAGGACUCGGAGAAUGGCUGAGGCGGAAUCUCAGGUGAACCAUUUAGAAGUGAUCUUAGACCAGAAGGAGAAGGAAAACAUCCAUCUGAGAGAGGAGCUGCACAGGAGGACCCAACUUCAGCCAGAACCGGCAAAGACGAAGGCUCUGCAGACUGUCAUAGAAAUGAAGGACACCAAAAUUGCUUCAUUGGAGCGAAACAUACGGGAUCUGGAAGAUGAAAUCCAGAUGUUGAAAGCCAAUGGGGUCCUGAACACAGAGGAGCGUGAAGAAGAGAUCAAGCAAGUGGAGGUUUACAAGAGCCAUUCCAAGUUCAUGAAAAAUAAGGUCGAUCAGUUGAAACAGGAAUUCUCCAAGAAGGAGUCGGAACUUCUCGCCUUACAGACCAAGCUUGAAACCCUGAGCAACCAGAAUUCGGAUUGCAAGCAGCAUAUUGAGGUGCUCAAAGAAUCGUUGACUGCCAAAGAACAGCGGGCAGCCAUCCUGCAGACAGAGGUUGAUGCACUGAGGUUACGACUGGAGGAGAAAGAAUCUUUUCUGAACAAAAAGACCAAACAGCUGCAGGACCUCACGGAAGAGAAAGGGACGCUGGCAGGAGAGAUCCGCGAUAUGAAGGACAUGCUAGAAGUCAAAGAAAGGAAAAUCAACGUCCUGCAGAAAAAAAUAGAGAAUUUGCAAGAACAAGUCAGAGACAAGGACAAACAGCUGAGCAACCUGAAGGACCGGGUGAAGUCACUGCAGACGGAUUCCAGUAACACCGACACAGCUCUGGCCACUUUAGAGGAGGCUUUGUCUGAAAAGGAGAGAAUCAUUGAGCGCUUGAAAGAACAGCGAGAACGCGAUGAUCGAGAACGGCUAGAAGAAAUCGAAUCCUUCCGAAAAGAGAACAAGGACCUGAAGGACAAAGUCAAUGCUUUGCAAGCUGAACUCACUGAGAAAGAGUCUAAUUUAAUUGACCUCAAGGAACAUGCCUCUUCCUUGGCAUCUGCAGGCCUGAAGCGGGAUUCCAAAUUAAAAUCCCUGGAAAUAGCCAUCGAACAAAAGAAAGAAGAAUGUAGUAAGUUGGAAGCACAAUUGAAAAAGCAAGCUGAGCAGUUGUUCAAUCAGAUGUACAACCCCGCUCAUAAUGUUGAAGAAGACUCCAGGAUGAACCCUGAAUUUGCAGAUCGAAUGAAGCAGCUGGACAAAGAGGCAUCUUACUACCGCGAUGAGUGUGGCAAAGCCCAAGCAGAGGUGGACAGGCUCCUGGAGAUCCUCAAGGAAGUGGAGAAUGAAAAGAAUGAUAAAGACAAGAAAAUUGCUGAACUCGAAAGACAUAUGAAGGACCAAAAUAAGAAAGUGGCAAACCUUAAGCACAAUCAACAACUGGAAAAAAAGAAGAAUGCCCAGUUAUUGGAAGAAGUUCGGAGGAGAGAGGAUAACAUGACCGAUAACUCCCAGCAUUUACAGUUAGAAGAGCUGAUGAAUGCCCUCGAAAAGACCAGACAAGAGUUGGAUGCUACCAAAGCUCGCCUUGCCUCAACGCAGCAGUCCCUGGGUGAGAAAGAAGCCCACUUGGCCAACCUGCGGAUGGAGAGGAGAAAACAGCUGGAGGAGAUCCUGGAGAUGAAACAAGAAGCCCUUCUGGCUGCCAUCAGUGAAAAGGAUGCCAACAUCGCCUUGCUUGAGCUGUCUGCCUCUAAGAAGAAGAAAACACAAGAGGAAGUCAUGACUCUGAAACGUGAAAAAGACCGAUUGGUCCACCAGUUGAAGCAGCAGGUUUAUAGAUAUAAGAAACAUCCCCAGAGCAUGAACAUACCAUCCACCUGUGAUGUUGGCUUCAUCACAGAUAUUGCUGCCACCUACCUCGGCUCCAGUCAUGAUGCACACAUGAUCCCAAAGUCUCAGACCCAGAACAGAAUGAAGUUGAUGGCUGACAAUUAUGAUGAAGACCAUCACCAUUACCAUCAUCAUCACCACCAUCACCAUCACCGGUCUCCUGGGAGGUCCCAGCAUUCCAACCACAGACCCUCUCCAGACCAGUUAUCCGACAAUGAAACUGGAUGGAGAAAGAAGACACUGUCCCGCAAGAACGCUCUGAUAAUCUAUUACAGCGGAUCCCACAUUCCUCCCCCACGAUGGCCGCGAUGGAGGGGGUCAUAGAUAUGGAAGAUGAAUGUUUCCUUUUUGCUGUCCAAUGUAAGACCCAACGACUGGAUACGUUCUGCCUUAUCUCGUCUUGUCUCCUACAGAGGCCAUUCCGUUCAAGAGCAGAGAACUAGAAGUGGACGGAAAGGACAGAGCCUUCAUUUUUCAUAGUGAAUGAGUGAUUUUUUACAUUUUGAUUUGGAGCUUGAGGGUUACCCAUGUGACCAUCAUGCCCAAUUUUCAUUUCUGAAUAAAGUUCAGUUAGGAUUUUUUCAAUGCCAUUUGAUAAAUUUUAAUACUACCAAAGUUUAAUUAUGUGAUAGAAUUUCUGUUUAGAUAUACUAACUUUAACUUCAUCUCCAAUGACUAUGCCACUUUGGUCAACAGUGUCAUUUCAAAUACAUGAGAGAGAGAGAGAGAGAGAGAGAGAGAGAGAGAGAGAGAGAGAGAGAGAGAGAGAGAGAGAGAAGAGGAAAGGAAGGAAGGAAGGAAGGAAGGAAGGAAGGAAGGAAGGAAGGAAGGCAGGCAGGCAGGCUAAAUGAGCUGUUAUUGAAUGGUGUCAGCACUAUUCAUCUCCCAGCUAUGUGGGCUGUUGAACAAAGAAACCCAAAUGCCAAAAAACAAACAAAAUACAUGAGCCUUUACCCUCCUCUGUUUCUUUAAUCUGUUCUUCAAAUAAUCCUAUAUCGAUAUUGUCACCAACAAGUAGUUAGCUCUGGGCCAGGUUGGAAAUGAAAUCAAUUUUUGGAAACAAUCAUGUGAUUUGGACUAGUUGGCAAGAACUCACCUGAUGAAAACAUGGUGGUAGUGUGUCUCUAACAGUGCAUGGGGCAUCUGAAAACCCAUCACACCUGAUUUAGUCUACACUGUUCAUGUAUUGAGGCAUGACAAAAGCAUGAGGGGUCCCCACAUGUGUUGUUGACACAAAUCUGGUGCCAUCCAUCCAGAUGGGCCAGGGUGGGACCUCAGACUUUUCUCAUCCAAUUACAUAUCAAUUUUUUAAUAUAAAAGCUGGAACUCCUGGAUAUUUCAAGAUAAAAAAAUGCCAUGACUACAGUGUACACAUUUGACCUUCUACAAAGGAAGGACUGCUUUUUUCUUAUUGUUGUUGUUGUUGUUGUUGUUUUCUUUCUUGAAUUUUGAUGGAAAAAAUAUGAGUCUCCAACAUGGAUUCCAGUGCAUCUUAAAUGUUCAACAAAUAAAACAAAAGAAAAUACCCCAAGGAGGAGGAGCAACAGUCUUCAAAGCUGCAUCUCUGUCUGUAGCUCUACAAAAUACAUACGUGAAUCGUAGUCAUUAUUUAAAGCACAUGCCAGGGAGAAAAGGCCAAAUUUUCCGGUCUUUACAUAGUGAUGUGGUACCAGGGAGAGUUAAACUCACACUGGAGGAAGGGAGGGAAAAAAAUGAUUGUAACAACUUCAUAAAGCUCACCAGAGAGUCUGGGAAACAUGUGCAAAAGAUCAGCUGUGAGAUUGAUCCAUUCUAUUUUUCUUGUCAAGAAAAGACAUUUUUCCACAUGGAUGUGAGUAGGACAUGCAUAUCGGAACUUUUAAAGGACAAACAUUGAAUUUAAGCAUGAGUGGCCUUAAUAAUUAUACUUGUUUUUUUAAUUGUUCCCAUGGAAACAGAUUCAAAAACUGAUAUGCCUGAAGUCUCACCCUGGUUUUAGUCAAUGGUCUUUCUGCAAGGUUGUUGGGGGCAAUUAAAACACUUGGCAUCCUUUGUAAGUUACUGAGGUAUUGAGAAAUUGAAAAGGCAGAAGCCUUGUUGUGGAGGAACAGAGGGGUGGCGGGGGCAAGGGGGGCAUUUUCGUUCUCCCAUCCUUGUCGAUGGGUUAGAAGCCCCUCCUGGAGACAGGCUUCUCUUUCCAGGUUGGGCUGUUGUCUUUGGAAGGAUCUUGAACGGUGUAAGGCUUAUGUAUCACUCAAGUAAUCCAACGACAUUCAUGUUUAAAAAUUUUGUCCUUUAACUAUCAAAGGGAUUCUAGAUCUUUGCUGAAGGCAAAAAAAAAAUGCCCAGUUCUCUGUCAAGGUAGCAAGUAUUUCCAUAAACGCAGACCGCAAACGUGUCUCCUCUACCCACGGUGCUGUCCUUUCAAGGGGCAGCUCUUGGUGUCUCUUACAAUCAGGUUUCUACCUUCACUUUGCAACUGAAUACUUGAAAUAGGAACUAUACUAGGGGAAAAUAGGGUCCUCAGAACAAAUCUGUAGUUAGCUCUUUCUACGUAUGUGCCAAUUUUGUCACACUUAUUUCUUGUCUGGGAAGGGUAUUUUGACCCUGUUUCUGUUGGUAAGAGUAUUAUUGAUUUACAAAAACAAACUUUAUGGGGACGGAUCCAGUUCUGUCCCGCCAAAGGUCCCAUUUUGUCGAGCAUCGUCCCUUUCCCCAUUCCAUGUAACCUUCUAGGACGUUCUGAGGGGCGGGGGGAGGGGGUUUUCAUAAAUCACCAAAAGACUCUGGGUUUUUCAAACAAAACGAAACACUGUGAUGAUGGGAAGAUCUUGGAUUGGAGCAAAGUCAAGUAGGUUUCCCCCCGGAGUUUUACUGAGGUUAAAGACAGACGAACAUGUUUUGGCUAACAUUAAGUCAAAUCAUUCACCUUUUCCUGCAACUCUUAGCCUCUUCCAUUUCUCUAGACAGUCUUGAUUUUGUAUUUAUGGAAUUUUGUGUAUUCCAGUAUGCACGUUAAAUGCACAUUGACUUGUGUUCGAAAGCGGGUUUCCAUCCCCUUUUUAAACAGUGUUUAUGACAAGAGCGCCAACAUGUCGACAUCCACUAUAUCGGCGAUGUCGUUGUGUGGAGUGCUGUUUGAACGUGACGUGCUGCGCCAAGGGGUCGGCAGCUCUCGGUUCCCUGCAGACCCUCAUUUGAUAGUGCUUCUUGUGAUAAUUUCUUCAAGUGAGUGGCAUGUGGAUUGUGACCCUGACAUGUGGCUGAGGACCUUGAUAUGAACCAAUUAAGGAAUUCUCAGAAAUUACCCUCGGGCAUGUAUUAGAGAAGUCAUGUAACUCGACGUCCUGUAGAACUGUAACGUACAAGGUGUGUAGAAUCCAUAGCAUUGUGACCUGUAUGAGAAGUGCUGUACUGACCGCCUUGUUUCUAGCCAUCAAAUAAACUUGAUUUCUUUCGGAA